CUCCGCGCCGCUCUCCCGCCCUCCUCUCUCCCUCCCUCCCGGCCGCGGAGCAGCAUGGCGGAGCCCGGGCAGCGGCCGCGCGGCCGCCCGCCGCCCCUCUGAGCCCGGCUCAGGGGCAGCCGGGCGCCCCAGACCCGACCCCCGCCCCUGCCGCGCCCGCCGCCGCACUUGUCCCACCGCGCGCCCCCUGGAGCGCCACGCACCCCUGGGACCCUUGCGCGCCCCAGGUCCCCAGCAUAACCCCGAGAUCCCCGUGCGCCCGGGAAUCCCGGUACUGCCCCGGGAACCCCGCGCGCCCCUGGACCGAGACGCAGCUCCGGGACCUCAGCGCGCCCCGGGACGCGCGCUCUCAGAACCCCGGGGCUCGGCCAAAGGAGCUGCGCGCCCUGGUGAGGGGGCCCCGCCCCAGAGGGACCCCCCUCUUCCAACAGACGGAGCCCCGCCCCAGAGGGACCCCCAGGUUUGGCAGGGACAUCCAGCCACGCCCCAGAGGGCUCCCAGCAUCCCGCGGCUGGAGCCCGGCGCUUCCGAGGAACCUCCGUGCUCAGCUGGGGGCUCCUCGCCCCGCUGAGGGGGCGCCGCCCAGGAGGGUCCCCCGCGCCCCGCGGGCCCCGGCAGGAUGCACGCCGCCCUGGCGGGGCCGCUGCUCGCUGCCCUCCUCGCCACCGCCCGCGCCCGCCCGCAGCCCCCGGACGGAGGACAGUGCCGGCCGCCCGGAUCGCAGAGGGACCUGAACUCCUUCCUGUGGACUAUUAGGCGCGACCCGCCAGCCUACCUGUUUGGCACCAUCCACGUCCCCUACACCCGCGUCUGGGACUUCAUCCCUGACAACUCCAAGGCGGCUUUCCAGGCCAGCGCCCGCGUCUACUUCGAGCUGGACCUGACGGACCCCUACACCAUCUCGGCGCUGGCCAGCUGCCAGCUGCUGCCGCACGGGGAGAACCUGCAGGACGUGCUGCCCCGCGAGCUCUACUGGCGCCUGAAGCGCCACCUGGACUACGUGAAGCUGAUGAUGCCCUCAUGGAUGACGCCCGCGCAGCGGGGUAAGGGGCUGUACGCCGACUACCUAUUCAACGCCAUCGCGGGCAACUGGGAGCGCAAGAGGCCCGUGUGGGUGAUGCUCAUGGUGAACUCGCUCACGGAGACUGACGUGCGCUCCCGAGGCGUGCCCGUGCUGGACCUCUACCUGGCCCAGCAGGCCGAGAAAAUGAGGAAGAGCACCGGGGCCGUGGAGCGGGUGGAGGAGCAGUGCCAUCCACUCAACGGGCUCAACUUCUCCCAGGUGCUGUUUGCCCUGAACCAGACCCUGCUGCAGCAUGAGAGCGUGCGGGCCGGCAGCCUGCAGGCGCCCUACACCACCGAGGACCUCAUCAAGCAUUACAACUGCGGGGACCUCAACGCCGUCAUCUUCAACCACGACACAUCCCAGCUGCCCAACUUUAUCAACACCACCCUCCCCCCGCACGAGCAGGUGACGGCCCAGGAAAUCGACAGCUACUUCCGCCAGGAGCUCAUCUACAAGAGGAACGAGCGGAUGGGGAAGAGGGUCAUGGCGCUCCUGCAGGAGAACGAAGACAAGAUCUGCUUCUUUGCCUUCGGAGCAGGUCACUUUCUGGGGAACAACACAGUCAUCGACGUCCUCCGGCAGGCAGGGCUGGAAGUGGAGCACACGCCCGCGGGGCAGACCAUCCACAGCCCUGCCGCCCAGAGCCCAGAGCCCCCUCCCGAGGGGACCUCGGCGAGCCCGGCCCCAGUGACCCCAGCUGCUGCCAUCCCCACGGCACCCUCGGCAACCCCUACCACCCCGCCCGAGGAGGAGGACCCGGCGCUGUCCCCACACCUCCUGCUCCCCGACAGCCUCAGCCAGCUGGAGGAGUUUGGGCGGCAGAAGAAGUGGCGCAAGAGGCAGAACAAACACCAGCGGCCGCGGCAGUUCAACGACCUCUGGGUCCGCAUCGAGGACAGCACCACAGCCUCGCCACCCCUGCUGCCCCUGCAGCCCACGCCCAGCCCUGGGACCGCCAAGCCCCCCUUACAGCUCUCCGACCAGCUCCAACAGCAGGAAGAGCCGGGGCCCACCAGCAGCUCCUCGCCCAGCCGCUCCCGGCCCGCCCUGGGCCUCCUCCCGGCCGUGGCUGCCAGCAUCGCAGCACCGCUCCUGCUGCCCACCCUCAGGUCCUCCUGACCUCGGCCGACCCCUGCCGAGAAGCCAGAGAAACCAUCGGAGGGUCUGUGGCCGCACCCCACUGCCCCGCCACCACCUGUCGGGCAGUCCAGACGGGAUCCGUUAGAAAACUAGAGCUUUAUUGUACGUGAGUUACAUCUUCUUUUUUGUAGAAGGAUCUUAAUUUCCCAUAGUGCUAUGGGGCUUUUUUGUAAAAUACGUGUCCAUAUUAAAAAAGAAAAAUGUAUUUAUUCUACCGAUAAAACUAUUUUUAUGUGGCCUAUUGUUAAUAACCCCUUAAUUAGCCCCAACUGCAACCCAGGAGGUGGACCCAGGUUGCCAGGACAUCUGCGACCUCACGCGGACUGUGGCUUUGAACUGGCUUGCUUGGGGCUCAGCGGCAGCCUCCGGUGUCUGGGUUUGGCUUCUGCCAACUUGGGGACCUCAGAGGGAGGGGGAGGCAGACAGGCUUAGCUUUUGUGAAGCUGGAUUCGGGAGCCAGAGAUGUGAACGCUGACAGUCCUUCCCUCGACUGGAUGCUUCUGAGGUCUGGGAAGAUGCUUUAGGAAAGAGAAUGCUGCUAUUUUGAAAACCCUGAGUGUCUGUGAACUGGCCCUCCAGAGCUCUUGGUAAGUGUUUGACCAAAGCCCCUGGGUGGGGGAGGGACUGGAUGCUGAUGGAGGUGGUCCCCGGCCCAUGUGACAGAUGGUUACACUGAGAUCCGAAGAGAGGAAGGUGAUUGCCCAAGGUCACACAGCAAGUGUGGGAUCCAGGAUGUGAGCCUCUCUGUUCUGGCGUUAAUCCAGCUCACCUUACAGGAGAGGCUGCUGAAGCCACGGCCAAAGGGAGCAAGCUGAGCCAAAGGACAGGAGUGGUCACAGAAGGGCAGUUGGAGGGCCAGGGAGGGGCUCUAGGAGUCACGUGGUAAUAAUAAUCGUUUGAGAGCUGCUGCUCAUCCGGGACCUGCAGCCUGGCAGGCACUUUGCACACUUACUUUAUCACUGAUUCUCACACCCGUUCUGUGAGAUAUGUAUCCCAUUCCACAGAGGAGGAGACUGAGCUCCCAUAAGGGAUAAGGGGACUUGCUGAAGGUCACCCGGCCGGGACGUGGCCCCAGAUCAGUGUGAUUCAGAAGCGAUGCUUGUCUCCUGGACCGUGUUCUGCCGUGUUCUCCCUGCACAAGGAGGCUCCCAGGGAGGCGGGUCUCAUCUUUAUUGGGCCCGCAACCUUCUUACUCCAGCCAAGGAGGCUGUUGGGCACACUUACUCUUGUUGAUCCCUCUGGCCAAAGGGCUGUGGCAACAGUGUGUGCCACGUGUCUCAUGCCCCAACGUGUCUUAUCUUAAAGCCAAUGAGAGGCUCUCCUGCCAAGUCAGAGGCUGGGAGGCUGGGGGGACAGCUGUGGGGGGCCUGGGGAGGCAGAGCAGCCAAAUAGGGGCAGGCAGGCAACUGAGACUCAGAGAGACUAACCUAGCUCCUCUUUCCCCAAACCGGCAGCUGAGGAGGCAGAGGACCCAGGUUGGCUGCCUCCCAGCACAAACCCUCACUGGGCUGGAGGCUCAUCAGUUGCAGAGUCCUGGAACCCAAGAGCAGAAGGACCCCCCCCCCCCCAUUUACAGGUCACAACAGGGAGAGUCAUAGUAAGGCCGAGAGGAGAGGCACUUCCCCAAGGCUGCACGCUGGCCAGUCUGCUGAUUCCCAGCCAGUGCCCCGAGCAUCAUGGCACCAUGACUUUCCCUGGCAGGCCUGGUAGUGGCUGAUUAGCCCCAGGACCAUUGUCCCCGGCUUGGCAGCUGUCUCCCUUCUGAGAUGGUAGAAUUCUGGGCAGCUUGUUGGAUGGUCAGAGGUCCCAGGGGCAUCUUAGUGGGCAGCUGAAUUCUUUGCAGCUCGGCUCCAGAUGGAUGUGUUUGAGCUUGAGACCUGGCAGGAGUCCUGUGAGGGUCCAGCCAGCCCCGUGGGCACCACACUGUAAACUGAGCUUGACCCCAGCCAGGGCUGGAAUCCAUCUAUCCUUGGCAGAAAUGUGACUUCCUGGUUCUGAGCGGGAAGAGGCUUAGCUGACUUAUAAAGCAGGCUCAGAAGGCCUGUUGGACAUCAAACAGAUCGUGCAAAGCGCUAUUAGGAUGAGAUAAGUGUAAAGGAAUUAGAAACACACAGGCCAGAUUUCCCUCUGUUCCGGGCAGAGUGUGGCAUGAGAUGUAUUGAGAUGGAGCUUGAGGUUAAUUAAAGAUGAAGCAUUUGGGCAAACGGUCCAGGCACCUGACCGCAUGCCCAGAUCUGUGCCAGGCACGGCGCCAAAGAGGUAAAUUAACGCAGUGUGCGAUUAUCAAGCACACGCAGUGCCGGGCUCUAUGUUGGAGCCAAAUCCAGCCACUUUUCCGAGCCUGGAGGAACUCAUCAUUGAGAUGGAACAAGCAGCCCGAUCCUAUGUUCCUAGAAGGCACUUUAGAUGUUAUCCUCCGGGCCCCGACCACAGGCACAUUCAGCCCUAGUCUUCCCCAGAUCCCUCCUCUGGGCAGACGGGGGGAUUCCAAACUCUCGUUCAACCCAGCACCCAAGUGUUUAAAGAAGGAUGGACGGGCAGCAGAUGGAUGGGCUGACUUAUUAGGUAGACAUGUGCCGACGGGACAGCCAGAGCCAGUGUGGGUCAGACAUCUGCAGCCUAAGUUCGCUGAUCCCCGAGGACCACCCGCUGGCCAGGGUUUGAGAUGAACUGAACUUGCUCACUUAUGUCCCUGAAGACCCGAAGCACAUAUGAAGGGAUCUGCAUGGCUGGGGCUCUUGAAUUCCCUCACCCUAGGCCAGGGAACCACCAUUCCAUCAGCAGCCACUUAUGCACUUGGAGUCAUCUAUCCACUCCUGCUGACUUUUUUCCAGCACAUUCUAUGUGCCCAGCCUUAUGAAAUGCCCCUGUUCCCUGAGAGUAUUGUGUACAUUUCUUAGGACGUUCACAUUUGACCUUGAGACAGGCAGGGAAGAUGAGAGGAGAGGUCCAGCAGGUGAAGUGGCCUGCCUAUGUUAGGCCCAGUCCCUGGUCUCUCAGAAAGCUGACUGAAUGACCUGGGGGCCUUGUAGGGCCGGUGAGCACAGCCCUGUCUUCCAGUCUUCUUCCAGAUUAGUCUGAAGCUCUAGACGUCAGCCGGAUAAAGGCAGGGACAGUGGAGGUGUAUGAGUCAGGCUGCAGGGAGAUGCAAAGGGCCACCGAGGGCCCCUCUAGCUCUGAGAUUCAAAGAUCUGGAGUCUAGAGAGCAUGGGAACUUGUACUGAUUGGCAAAUUUGCCUUUGCACUGAAAGACCAUGGACAGAUUUUUCUUGCGCUGAAUGUUCUGUCAUCUGCUUCCUGGCCUCAGCUAGGCUUAGGCAAGCCUUGGGGCUCAGGACCCUUAUCCCACCGGCCUAGUCUCCAGUCCGGUGCCGUUGUCACAACAGAUCGCAAAGAAAGGUCCUCCAAGAGGAAAGUUUAUGAAAAACACCAUGAAGGACAAGAGAAGUUCCCCCCGGGAAUUGCAGCUUUGAUGGUAUCCUGGGGGGCAGAGAACUGAACUGGGGCUGGUGAUAGUGUUCCAAUGACCUGGGGUAGGAGCCAAAGUCCUCAGCCUGGCAUUCUAGACCCUCCACGAUCUGGCGUUGCUGACCUUGCCAGCCACAUCUCUCAUCUCUCCCACUCUGUGCCUGGCCAGACUGAAUCGUAUUUGUCAUUUCGAGAAUAAACAGACUGUUUCACACAUGCCACUCCCUAGGCCUGGAUACUCCCUUCUCUUACCCAUGACUGCUCAUCCUUUGAGGAUCCACUCAGACAGCUUCUCCACCAGGAAGCCCCCUGCGAUUCCUUUGUGCUCUCUUAGCAUCUGUCACAACACCCACUCUUCAGUGUUGAGACUGUCUAAUUGUGUAUCUGCUCUCCCGUCAGACUGUGAGCUUCCUCGAUGGCAGGGGUCAUGUAAAUUCAUCUUUGUAUCCUUAUCUGACACAAAGACGGCACUCAGUAGAUGUGUGGAGAGGGAAAGAGGAAGGAAGAAAGGAAAGGGAAGGAGAGAGGCAGCUCGUAGCUCUGCUGGUGGAAAGUUACAAAGCCAAGGCCGUCUGAGGAUGGACAGGUGCCCCUGCAGGUGGUGAGUUUCCUGUCAGGAGAGGUGAGGUGGGCAGCAGGCCCACUGGCUGGAGAUGUGGCAGGAGAGUCAAAGUCCUGGCAACGGAUGGGGUAAAUGACAUCAAGGGUCCCUCCUGGCUCUGUAAUGCUCAGGUUCUUUGAACGUUGUUAUUUUUCCAGAAAUUCGUCUAGGCAGCCAAAAACAUCACCCGGGCUGGCUGUCUAAACCAGUGAGGCUCAGGCGCCGGGCCAGCCCCCCCCCCCCGUGCUUCAACAGCCCAGGCGGGCCAACGUGAACUGGCAGGUCUGCCUGCUGCCGUGAGGCAGCGGGACUCCUGGCCGGGGAGCGGGGAAGGGCUGGACUGGAACCCAGGCCCCUGGCCCCAGCCCGGAGCUCCUUCCCUCCCUGUCCCUCGACCUGGGGGAGGGAAGAGGGAGUCAUGAGAAGUGAGUGAGCCCUACCUGGCCCAUUCCCAGGACCAUCAGCACACCCUCAGUUCUGCCCACCCUUUCUCCGAAUGUGGGCUCUUCCUUUCCGGAGAUUCCCUGGGAACUUCUUCACUUUGCUGGGUGACCUUGGGCAAGGCCCCCCUCUCUCUGAGCCUCCAUUUCCUCGUCUGUCCAAUGGAGACCUUGUUUCCUGCCUAGGCUGUCCUAGGGGGACCAGGGGAUGCCAUGUGCAAUCUCAGGGCUCCAUGAAGGUGAGGUGCCACCUGUCCCCAGGCGCAGUGCGUGGCUCUCCUCCCAGGACCUGCAGGCUGCCAUGGGAUUGGGAGGAUGUGGCAGGCAGGACAGAUGACAGAGUAGCUCACCUUGGAGGGCUCCUCCAUCCCCCGUCCCGCUGCAGGGAAAGUGGGCUUUGAAUGGGCCCCAAGUCUAGGAAGUUUCUGGCAGGGUUCUCAGACACCUUGGGCCCCUGUGGCUGGGGUGGCAGGGGCUGACUCUUGGCCAAGGGCGGUUCGAGCAGGGGAAGCCAGAGCCACUGCCCCAUUCCUGGGCUUCGAAGAGGUUGCAGAAGGUCCCCACCAGACUCUCACUGUGGGACACAAGCUUCAGAUCUUAUGUGUUUGAAAGGUAUUCAUGAUGUUCUUUUAAUCACCUCUCCCCCUCACCUCUGUGAAUUGCCAUGAAGAGCUCUUUAAGAAUAUAAUAGAAGACAAAGAAAGAUGCUAUUAAUGUUAUUUUGCCAAAAAUAUUUUUGUAGCAUAAUAUAUUAA